AUGGUCACCUUGAUGGCCGCUGUUAUCAGUGUCGCCGCUCAAAGCUACACUGCUACAUACGACCCUGCGAAUCUCCCGCCGACCACUGAAGGCGAUCAAGCUGGAACGAAUCAAUGUGGAACUGGCAACAACCAAACGAGCCUCUGCCAAAACGUCUGGGUUAACAGCGUUCAAGAUUUCUGUCUCUGGGGUCCACAAACCACCGCCGAGAUUGGCGCCGUCGAGCAAACCGUCGUCUCGUAUUGCACGCGUCCGAACAGGGGAACACGGCUCUUCAGGAACGGCACGAUUAUCUCUGCCCAUUUUGUCGAAACGCCAGACUACAUCCAGAUAACCGGAACAGGAGGAGAGUUGGACCCACACGGUGCAGACGGAGCUGGAAACCCACACGGAGGCCUCGUCUUUUCCAAUGUUUGGACGAGUGGCACCAACGGCCUUGGCCAGCAAAUCCACGAAUGGACCAAUUUUAUGAGUUUCAGAGGUGACUAUGGAGAUGGCUUUACAGAGUGCAAGGGAGAUAGCGGAAUACCUAUGGGUCUUUAUCCUCAACCUGAUGGGUCUACGAGCACCUUCCAUCAAGGCCAACCUGUAACACCGCCAGCUCAUCCUGCACCUUCGACAUCCUCAUGCAAGACAUUUGAAUCGGCUUCUUUGUAUGCCGCAACCGCAUUUUCGAGCCCAACGGCGACGAGCAUCUCUGUGCAAGGCCAAGCAACGUCUUCCAUGCCUCGCCCAACGAGCAACGCGGCAGGUAGCGUCCGGCUUUCCUCGUUCGGAGCCAUGCCAUGCUUGGUCGCUAGCACCCUCCUUACCGUGGCUGCCGCAGCAAGCAUACUGGUUUAG